UUGUCUCAACUUUCAGGCAGUGUUAUAAGUAUAGGAGCAGCGGUGGGGUCAGCGGCCACAGCAGUGCCUCAGGUGUGGCUGGGUCAGCGGGUGACACUCCUCUUCGCUCUGCCUGUGGCUCUCGCCGCCUGGGUGACUCUGGCCGCCUCCCCCAACGUCUGGGUGGCAAUAGCCGCCCGGGCUGUCCAGGGCCUCACUGUGGGCUUCAUCGCAGGCCCCUCAAACAACUAUGUGGCGGAACUGGCCCACAGCAAUCUACGGGGACUACUCGUCGGUACUCUCAACACUUCAGAACAACUUGGCUACCUUCUGGUGUAUGCCGUAGGCAGCUCAAGUCUCUCGUGGCGGCAGGUGGCGCUGGUGUGUGGCUUCCUCACCACCGUCCUCCCCUUCCUGGGGCUCCUUCUCCUGCCUGACUCACCUCGCUGGCUCGCCGCUCGUCACAGACUUCUGGAUGCUCACAAGGCUCUCAUCUUCUUCAGGGGACCUCACUACGACUCACACGCCGAACUGGUAGAAAUAACAGACCAACUGCCGAAAAAGAUUAGCACUAAGAAUCAGUUUAAAAAGAUGAGAGAUCCCAGCAUACUUACGUCAUUACUCUUGCUAUCCGUUUUAUUCUUAGCUUCUCAUUUCUCAGGAAGGAUUGUCGUCAGUGUGUACUUAGUUCCUAUUUUUGCUUCAGCCGAGGUAGACGUGUGCCCGUACACGAGUGCUGUUAUUAUAGGAGUUGUGAGGGUUUUAGCCACUUUCCUUUAUCUAGGUGUUGUAGAGCGCAUCAACCGCAAACCUUUGUUUAUAUCUUCCUUCCUCACCUGUGCCCUGGCUUUAGCUAUGUUCGGGACUUUCUUCUAUGAACAAGAUAUCUUAGAUAAUACGAACAGUAUAAAGUGGUUACCUCUUGCAUCAGUGGCGACCUUCUGUUGCUUUAAUAACAUUGGAUUUUCGGUUCUUUCCUUAAUACGUUCAGAGAUUCUUCCCACGUCGGUGCGAUCAACAGCCGUCACCGUUCUAUACUUCUUGUUCUAUAUAGGAGCCUUCGUGGCGAGUCAGACCUUCAUGUCCGUGGUAGGUUCACUGGGGAAGCACGGGGCAUUCUGGCUCUACUGCUGCUUUAACCUGUUGAUGGCGGUGGUGGGUGGCCUCAACCUACCGGAGACCCGAAGACGAUCCCUGGAGGAAAUUACUGCACGCGACCCACACCAGCCCACCAAAUCCACCAGGAACCCAAACCAGCCCACCAAACCCACCCGCAACCAACAUCAGUUCACUAAACCCGCCCGCAACCCACAUCAGCCCACCCGCGACCCACACCAGCCCACCAAACCCGCCAGCGACCACCUCAAAUCCACUCACUUCGGAAACAGCCAUGAGCAAUCUAUUAGGCAGCACAUUAUUACCACCACAGGUACUCCCAGCAUAUCAACAAGUUUAUACAAUGCAUCUAUGACCACGGUAUGUCCCCUGCAACACGUCCACCACCAAUUCGAGUUCAUCCCCGACAAAGGCAAAUCUUUUCAGGACCAUCUGAAACCUACACAACCCUCCCAUACCCACAGCAAGUCCACACAACCCUCCAAUAUCCACAACAAGUCCAUACAACCCUUCAAUACCCACAACAAGUCCAUACAACCCUCCAAUACCCACAACAAGUCCAUACAACCCUCCAAUAUCCACAACAAGUCCAUACAACCCUUCAAUACCCACAACAAGUCCAUACAACCCGCCCAUAUCCACAACAAGUCCAUACAACCAGCCCAUAUCCACAACAAGUCCAUACAACCCUUCCAUACCCACAACAAGUCCAUACAACCAGCCCAUAUCCACAACAAGUCCAUACAACCAGCCCAUAUCCACAACAAGUCCAUACAACCCUUCCAUACCCACAACAAGUCCAUACAACCCUCCAAUACCCACAACAAGUCCAUAUCAUAUCCACAACAAGUCCAUACAACCCUCCAAUAUCACAACAAGUCCAUACAACCCGUCCAUAUCCACAACAAGUCCAUACAACCCGUCCAUAUCCACAACCACACCCGCCCAUAUCCACAACAAGUCCAUACAACCCGCUCAUAUCCACAACAAGUCCAUACAACCCUCCAAUACCCACAACAAGUCCACAACCCGCUCAUAUCCACAACAAGUCCAUACAACCCUCCAAUAUCCACAACAAGUCCAUACAACCCUCCAAUACCCACAACAAGUCCAUACAACCAGCCCAUAUCCACAACAAGUCCAUACAACCCUUCCAUACCCACAACAAGUCCAUACAACCCGUCCAUAUCCACAACAAGUCCAUACAACCCUCCAAUACCCACAACAAGUCCAUACAACCCGCUCAUAUCCACAACAAGUCCAUACAACCCUCCAAUAUCCACAACAAGUCCAUACAACCCUCCAAUACCCACAACAAGUCCAUACAACCAGCCCAUAUCCACAACAAGUCCAUACAACCCUCCAAUAUCCACAACAAGUCCAUACAACCCUCCAAUACCCACAACAAGUCCAUACAACCCUCCAAUAUCCACAACAAGUCCAUACAACCCUCCAAUAUCCACAACAAAUCCAUACAACCCUCCAAUAUCCACAACAAGUCCAUACAACCUUCCACCAACAGCCAACUACAAGUCCAUCAACGAACGAGAUAAAUAA